AUUGUCAAAAUUUACAGACUUUCAGCUGUUUGCAAUGAACAAAUUAAACAAAAGGAAUUGAAAUAGUUCAACACAACAAAUGCUUCAAGUGGUUUCCCCAAAUUCAACUGAAAAUGCAACUUAUAAUGACUUCUCCAGUUUCAAAAUUAUUCACACCUGAAUAAAAUCCCUCACAACAUCACAAAUAUGCACAACAGGUGUUGUCUCAAGCACACCUGAUGCAAUGAAGGGCUUCAUUAGUUGCACCAGGUGUGUUUGAGCUGGAACACAUGAAAUACCUGAAAUGGCUAGGGGCAGAAAAUUUAUGAAAUACUUGAAUGGGGCAGAAAAAGGAAGCUAUCAACAGCUGCCACCAGAUUUCUGAGAAGGCAGGUUGUGAAAAACCCUCAAGUGACUACAAAAGACCUGCAGCAAGACUCGGUGGCGACUGUAAGCACAGUAAGGCGCAUACUAAACACAUAAGGUUUCCAUGCCAGAACUCCAAGACGUAUACCACUACUGACCUAAAAGCACAAGAAAAAUCAUAUAAAUAAACCAUAGAAGUUUUGGGAUUCAGUUCUGAGGAGUGAUUAAACAAAACUGGAACUUUUCGACACGAUGCAUCAGCGGUAUGUCUGGAGGAAGAAGAAUGAAGAAUGAACACUCUAUCCACAGUCAAGCAUGGUGGUGGCUCUGUGAUGCUCUGGGGCCGCUUUGCAUCCUCUGGCACUGGAAACCUGCAGCGUGUAGAAGGCAAGAUGGAUUCAUUGAAGUAUCAGGAAAUCCUAGGAGAAAACGUCAUGCCGUCUGUGAGGAAGCUGAAACUUGGGCGUCAUUGGACUGUCCAACAGGACAAAGAUCCCAAGCAUACCUCAAAUUUCACCAAGGUUUGGUUGCAGAAGAAGUUCUGGAAGAUCCUACAGGGCCAUCACAGUCACCUGACUUGAACCCCAUAGAAAAUCUCUGGUGGGAUUUGAAGAAUGCGGUUGCAGCACGCAAACCCAAGAAUAUUACUGAACUGGAGGCCAUUGCUCAUGAGGACUGGGCUAAGAUUCCUCAGGAAGUCUGCCAGAAGCUAUGCAUCUUGUUUGCAGCAGGUCAUAACAGCAAGAGGGUGUCUACUAAGUACUAAAGAUGCUUGCCAUGAAGGGGGUGAAUAAUUUUGAAACUGGAGAAGUCAUUAUAAGUUGCAUUUUCAGUUGAAUUUGGGGAAACCACUUGAAGCAUUCGUUGUGUUGAACUAUUUCAACUGCUUUUGUUUGAGGUGUUCAUUGCAAACAGCUGAAAGUCUAUAAAUUUUGACAAUAAACCUGAUUUGCGAUGGGGGUUGAACAAUUUUGAUUGUUCAUAACUGUAUAUAGUUUUUAUACAGCAGCUUUCAUACGUGUAUAACACAAGCUUAAAGUGAAACACAAGGCAAUCAAAAACAAUAGAAAUAAAAAUAAUAUAAUGACAGAAAGAACAAAAUAAAGAAGAAUUAAAGAAAAUCUUCAAAUGCCGUCUUCUGUCCUUCAGUGUAUCUUAAGGAUUAGUCACUUUCUUUCUGACCUUGCGCCCUAUUUUACCAAAUUACACUAAUCUCCCACUUUCACUGAGGUUAAUCCAUCAGGACCGUGGCAUAUAAGAGAGCUGCUCAGUGUCCCGGGGAGUUGAUCACUUGUUCUCAGGAACUGACCCUUUCUCCAAAUUAUCUACAAUUCAGCGAUUUCUUUUGCUUGUUUGCUUUUGUCCCCCGUCUGUUCUUGUUUUCCGUCUUGUAUUUCUGAGUCUCUGCAGUCAUCAUGAACGGGACAGAGGGUCCGAACUUCUACGUGCCAAUGUCCAACAAGUCGGGCUUGGUUCGCAGCCCGUUCGAGGAGCCGCAGUACUACCUAGCCGAGCCGUGGAAGUACUCGCUGUUAGCUGCCUACAUGCUCUUCCUCAUGAUCACUGCCUUCCUGAUCAACUUCCUCACUCUCUACGUCACCGUAAAAUACAAGAAACUCCGUACACCGCUCAAUUACAUUCUUCUGAACCUCGCUGUUGCCGGCUUGUUCAUGGUCUUCGGAGGCUUCACGGUCACUCUCUACACCGCCCUGCAUGGAUAUUUUGUCCUGGGUGUAACUGGGUGCAAUAUUGAGGGCUUUUUUGCCACCAUGGGAGGUGAGAUUGGCCUGUGGUCCCUGGUAGUUUUGGCUAUUGAACGCUACAUUGUGGUGUGUAAGCCUGUGUCCACAUUUCGUUUUGGAGAGAAGCACGCCAUCAUUGGAGUUGGCUUCACCUGGAUCAUGGCCCUCACCUGUGCUGGCCCACCACUGCUUGGCUGGUCCAGGUAUAUUCCAGAAGGGAUGCAGUGUUCAUGUGGAAUAGAUUACUACACCCCAAAACCUGAAUACAACAACACGUCGUUCGUCAUCUAUAUGUUCGUCCUACAUUUCUGUAUUCCGCUGCUGGUCAUCUUCUUCUGUUACAGCCGCCUCCUCUGCACAGUUCGCGCAGCCGCAGCUCAGCAGCAGGAGUCGGAGAGCACUCAGAGGGCAGAGAAAGAGGUCACCCGGAUUGUGGUCGUUAUGGUGAUCGCGUUCCUGGUGUGCUGGUUGCCGUAUGCCAGUGUUGCCUGGUACAUAUUUGCCAACCAGGGCUCGGAGUUCGGACCCGUUUUCAUGACCGUGCCGGCAUUCUUCGCCAAGAGCGCCUCCAUUUACAACCCUGUCAUCUACAUCUUCCUCAACAGACAGUUCAGGAACUACAUGCUGGUCACCCUGUGCUGUGGAAAGAACCCAUUCGGUGAGGAUGAGACCAGCAUCACGUCCUCUACAAAGACCCAGUCCUCUGUGGUCUCCACAAGCCAGGUGGCCCCUGCCUGAACCUGUGACCUCUG